AUGAAGCUUUUGGGAUCCCUUUUAUUUCUAGCCAUUUUGUAUACUCCAUUUCUCUGGAAUCAGGCGGAUGCUUUUGUGAAGCUAGUAAUGUUUGCUACUAAAGUGGAGCUGAAAAAUAACAACAAAACAUUCGACGUUUCGUACGCCUUCCGUAAUCGUAAAUCUAUAAAUAAUCAAACGCUUGAUAUUGAAUUCGUCCCUAAGCGUACGCUAAACGAUUUAAAGCUAGCAACGGCCUACUACGUUAUUGCCCUCAACGGUACAAUCCAGAACGAGCUUGUGAAACGCACGACGGAUAUUUGCUUUUUCCUUCGAAAUCCACGCUCCGACCGUUUGAUAAAAAGCUUCUACGAUUACAUAAAGAAAACUAGCCACCUUCCAUCGAGAUGUCCUAUGCCGGUCGAUAACUAUAACAUGCGCAACUUAAGGUUGGCCGCUGUGCCACUACCAGCGUUCCUACCCGAAUCGGAAUUUUUGAUGGAAUGUUUGUACUAUUCGGGAGUUAAACAGGAAGUCGCGGUUUCUUUUCGUCUGUACGGGAAACUAGUGCGGGUUGUGCAAAACAUUUUAUCCACCCGCCAGUAG